CGUCAUUGUGUUCUGCUAUCGCGCACCCCACCGGGUUCAACCUGCGCCUCCGUCACGAAGCCUUCUCAACUGCAACUGUAAUUCUGAAGCGAUACUGACAUUCUAACUACGGUGGCUCACUCUAAAUAAAGAUCGCUUCUUUCAAUCAUUUGCUUUCCCCAGCUCUCCACCACAAGCUGCUUCCUCGUCACCUUAUCCGCUGAGUUACUGCAGUUGGUAGGAAGGGUUUGUGUCGAAAGUCAAAAGAUGAAGCAGUUGUGGGUUCGGCUUGUUGCCGCGCUCUUUCUGUUCUUGAGUUGUUUGAGCAAUGGGAAUGCGAAGAUGACGAGUACCUUUGUCCGUUCCGAGUGGCCAUCGACUGAUAUCCCUCUUGAUAAUCAAGCAUUUGCAGUUCCUAAGGGUCGAAAUGCACCCCAACAGGUACACAUCACACAGGGUGACUAUGAAGGGAAGGCUGUGAUCAUUUCGUGGGUUACACCUGACGAGCCUGGUUCUCUUAAAGUACAGUAUGGUAAGUCAGAGAAGAAAUAUGACUUGACUGCUGACGGGACAGUAUCAAACUAUUCCUUCUACAAGUACAAAUCGGGAUACAUUCACGAGUGCCUCCUUGAUGGCCUUGAGUAUGCUACUAAGUAUUAUUACAAGAUCGGCGAUGGUGAAUCUUCUCGCGAAUUCUGGUUCCAAACGCCACCAAAGAUUCAUCCAGAUGCUCCAUAUAAGUUCGGAAUAAUUGGUGAUCUUGGCCAAACGUAUAACUCUCUAUCUACCCUUCAACACUACAUGGAGAGUGGAGCAGAUGCAGUGUUAUUUGUUGGUGACCUCUCUUAUGCAGACAGAUACCAGUACAAUGAUGUUGGGAUUCGAUGGGAUACAUGGGCCCGUUUUGUCGAGCAAAGCACAGCAUAUCAGCCAUGGAUGUGGUCUGCUGGAAAUCACGAAAUUGAGUUCAUGCCAUACAUGGAUGAGGUUGUUCCUUUCAAAAACUUUCUUCAUCGGUACCCUACUCCUUACUUGGCUUCCAAAAGCACUAGUCCUCUUUGGUAUGCCGUCAAACGUGCAUCUGCUCAUAUCAUUGUACUCUCCAGCUAUUCACCUUUCGUGAAAUACACUCCACAAUGGACGUGGCUGAAGGAAGAGCUGAAGAAUGUCAACAGAGAGAAGACGCCAUGGCUCAUUGUUCUCAUGCACGCCCCUAUCUACAACAGCAAUGAUGCGCAUUACAUGGAGGGAGAAAGUAUGCGUGCAGCUUUCGAGAAGUGGUUUGUUCGAUACAGAGUCGAUAUUAUCUUUGCUGGUCAUGUCCACGCUUAUGAAAGAUCGUACCGAAUAUCAAACAUACAAUACAAUGUGACAAGUGGCGCCCGAUAUCCUAUUCCAGACAAAUCUGCACCCGUCUACAUUACAGUAGGGGAUGGAGGGAAUCAAGAAGGUCUUGCUGGAAGGUUUUUGGAACCACAGCCAGAUUAUUCUGCAUUCAGGGAAGCCAGUUAUGGGCAUUCAACUUUAGAGAUAAUGAAUAGAACACAUGCAUUGUACCACUGGAACCGCAAUGACGAUGGCAAAAAGGUGCCCACUGAUGCAUUUGUAUUGCUCAACCAAUACUGGGGAGGCAAUCUGAGACGCAGAAAACUAAAUAAGCAUCACUUAAGAAGUAUCAUCCAGCCGGUUACUACCAAGUUCUUGCUGCAUUCAGAGUGAUGAGGCCACACCGAAUCAGCAGCCAAUUGCUGAAUAUUAUGGCAGUUUCUUCAAUGUAUAAAGCAAAUGCAUAAUGCAAUCCUUGUCUAGGUCAUAUUUGUAACAGGGAUGCUGUUGGGCUGGAUAUAUCGGUUACAACAUGUCAAAAAAGGCUCUGCUUCCUAUCAUCUCAUUCUCAAUAGAGCUCUCAUUAUCCAUCCAUUGAAACAACAAUCUUCUGGGUAAUUCACAAAAAGAAUUCUUAUGUACAGCUUGUUUCCAAGCUAUGAGAUACACUGAGCUCUAUGAUCAAUGGAUGAG